AUGACAGAAGCAGCAAGUGCAGAUGAUUUUCAAGUUUGUGAUUUUGUCAAGAAGAAGAAGAAGAAGAAGAAGAGAAAACACAAAGAAUGCGAUAAGGAACAUGAAAAUGAUGAAAGAGAAAGUAUAGAAAAUGCAGAGCUUAGCUGCGCUUCUCCAGUGCUGUCUGAAGAUCAAGCAGCACAGAGCGGUGAAGGCUGUAAAAAGAAGAAGAAAAAGAAAAAAGACAAGGGGGAGAAGCAACAGCCUUCAUUAGAUGAUUCUUAUGUAGGACUGGAACAUGAAAUUAGUAAUGAAACUGGACUGGAUGUUUCCCAAAAGAAAAAGAAAAAAAAGAAGCGGAAGCAUAAUGAUAAUACAGAUGAGCAAAGUGAUGUAACUUGUAUGACAGUAAAUCAGCAUAGCACUAAUAGUUGUCAGGACAUUGAUACUGAUUACGUUUAUUUAAAACAAUCCGUUAAGAAGAAAAGAAAAGAAAAAUUGCCUGAAGAGGAUGAGGUAUAUCAGCUGCCUACCUCAGAAACACACGAUAAAAACAAUGAAAGAUCAGAGGAGAAGGAGAAGAAGAAGAAGAAGAAGAAGAAAGGAAGCAGUAGUACCCCAGAUAUGCAAGAAGACACAGGUGUAAUGGUUGAGCAGUCACCGUUGUCAUCUCCAGAGCAAAACAGGCAAGGGGAAGACACAGUACGGCCAUUACCUACAGAAGAGGGUGCUGUGGCAACGCCCCAGCAAUGGCAUGAAGAUAGUGACUGUGGUGCUUCUCCUGCAAUGAGUGAAGAUUCUACGAAUGUACCUGCUAAUUUUUCUAAGCCGACUAAAGCAGCUGAUCAAUCUCCUCAUAAAAGUCCAGUGUGUGCUAGAAAGGCAAAAAAAAGCGGCACCUUUGUCAUGGAAGAAAGCUCUUCAGAAUCUGAUGUAGUGGCACCAGAACGCUCAGCUUCAAAUAGAAAGAAGGACCAGAAUAGUUCCUUUACCGAAAUGGUAGCCUCUGAUGAGCUUAGUCUGGAUGAUGAAGACUGCGUGGACUCUACCAUGUGUUCAUUCAUGGAUUUGGAUACUGCAAAACAAGAAUUGGAAGAGUUUAUUCCUCACGUGAGGAGUAUAUCGGACAGUUCAAUCAGGAAGAUGGCUGGAAGAGACCUAGUGAGGUUUAAACAGUUUAAAAAACAAGGUAUUGCUGUCAAGUUUGGCAGAUUUUCCCAGAAGGAAAAUAAUCAAAUUCGGAAAAAUAUUGAAGAGUUCUUAUUGAUUACUGGAAUAGACAGUGCUGAAAAACUCCUGUUUACCUCAAGGUAUCCAGAAGAUAAAGAAGCUAUCAGUCGCCUAAAAGCAGAAUAUCUUUUUUGUCAAAAACUUUCUGAGGGCAUACCACGACCCUGGAGGCUGAUAUAUUAUCGAGCAAGGAAGAUGUUUGACCCAAAUAAUUAUAAAGGGAGGUAUACUAAAGAAGAAAAAGAAAAAUUAAAGAAGUAUCAUGCUAUGCAUGGCAAUGAUUGGAAGAAGAUUUCUGAGAUGAUGUCCCGUUCUAACCUCUCAGUUGCUAUGAAAUACUCUGAAAUUAAGUCGGCUAUUAAUUAUGGUCCUUGGUCAAAGGAAGAGACCCAGAAGUUAAUGCAUGCAGUGGAGGAGGUGAUUAGGAAAAGAACGGAAAUGGAAGAUGGAAAUUCAUCAUCAGGAAAGUCAAAUAGAGAUCUCUUGAUUGACCGUGAGAAACUGUACCAGAAAUUACCAUGGACUGAGAUUGAAGCUAAAGUGGGAACUCGAUAUUGGAGACAAUGUAAACAGAAAUGGACUACAAUUUUAACAAACAAGAUGACCAAAGGGCAGCAGUUAUAUAGAGGGACCAAAGGAUUACAGGCCAAGAUCAAUCUUAUUAAAAGGUUGCAUGAAAUGAAAGUAGAGGAUGCUAAUGAAGUAAACUGGGAAGAACUCAGUAAUACUAUUGGAGAUGUCCCUAAAGCCUAUGUUCAAGCAAAAUUUUAUAAGCUAAAAGUCUCCUGUGUCCCUUUUUGGCGAAAAAAGACUUUUUCUGAAAUUAUUGACUAUCUUUUUAAAGAGAAACUUCCAGAACUUGAAGAAAAGUUAGAAAAACGGAAGGGGGUACACCUUAGUUCUGACAAUGCGACAGCCAGGCAACAGAAGAAGGCUUUUCGACUCAGUGACAUUUUUGACUCCAGUGAAGACAGCGAUUAA